AUGAAGAAGAGUCGACAGCACACCGGAGACGCCCACUCGCGUCACAGCGAAGGACCUCCCUCCAACGCAGCCGACACUCCGGAAGCUCACGAUCAUGACUCACCAUCCGAUGAUCCAAAGUCGUAUUCUCGCGGCACAGGCAAGCGCAACCGUGUCCACUUCGCAUGCACCGAAUGCUACCGACGUAAGCAGAAAUGCAAUCGCGAAACGCCCUGCCAGCACUGCAUAGCUAGAAAGAUUCCAGAGCGAUGCAAGACUUUCCAGCCAGGAGAGGAGACCAACGACGUCGCUUCCAGACUCAGUCGAGUCGAGAGAAUACUCGAGGAUUACCUCCCUAAGCUCGUCCAGCAGGUCCAGCACAUCGCUUCUGCUAAUCUUCCUCCGUCCCACCACUCGCAGAGCAAUGUCGCUCCCGGAAGCCGCCCAAUCGCCCCUCGCAAUGACUCGAGCAAUCGUCGCAGCGUAUCAUCCAGGGCUGCAUGGUCCAGUGGUAUGACCACAUCGCCCGAGCACCUGCCCGGUCGAUCCAGGAACGAAGACGACGACGAGAUCGACGAGCUCGAAACCGACGGUCGCUACAGUCCCAAAACUGGCUUCUACAAUGGCGGAUCCAUGGACAUGCGCAUCAGCUCUAUCCUCGACGAUCUUCCUGGCAGCUCCACCAAGUCGACACCGCUCAACCUGCCCAUCAGGACCCUAGAAGGACCUUCCGACUUGGACGUUGUCAUGCCCGAAUAUGGCUGCCCCACCGCACCCACCCCGGACCUCCUUGGCGCAUUCAGCACUCGUGCUCAUUGUAGCGUUCUCAUCGACCACUUUUUCAACGACAUCAACUGGAUGCGUCAGCCCCUGCCCCAGCAGAGCCUUCGCAAGUCCUUUGAAGCCUUUUGGAACUCAGGUCCCAAGAUCAACGCCCAGAAUAUCAACAUCUUUGCACUGCUCUGCAAUGUAUGUGCCAUUGCUAUGCUUUCAGUACAGCAUCACCUUUUUACCGAGGGACCACGGGACCGACUCAAGGCCGCCAGACGCUACCACUAUGCGGGACGCAGAGCGCUGCUUAUGAGCUCCAUCAUGGGUCGAGAGGACGUCGACCAGAUUGUCGCUUGGCUGGCUUCUUGCCGCUUCCUCUUGCUCGAUCGCCGAAUCGGCGAAGCAUACACCCUCGGCUCCUCGGCAGUGCGAGCAGCUUUCAGUAUCGGUCUUCAUCGAGAUGGCACCAGACUCGGUCUCUCUCCCGCCGAGACUGAAGCUCGCCGCCGCGUAUGGGCUGCCGUCUACUUCCUGGACAGAGCUCUCGCUCUCAACACGGGCCGUCCCGCCGUCAUCGAUGAUCGCGUCUGCGAUACACAGGUGCCCAGCGGCGUCAUGGACGAAGACAUCUUCCCUGCACCCAAGCAUCCACCAAGGAUGCCGGAGGGCGUGGAGCCACCCACAGCCUACAGCUAUACUGUCUUCCGCCAGCGCAUCGCCGAGCUCGAAGGUCGCAUUCUCGCGACGUUCCAGAAUCUGCAGCAUCCCGUCCAUGUCAGCGACGUGCUUGCUCUCGACAAAGACAUGCGCGAGCUCCAAGACAACCUCCCCUUCUACUUCCGUGCCCGACUCACCAAGGACGGCGUCGAGUGCGACAAAUCGCUCGACGACACCUACGGUUUCCUCAAUGUUCACCGUUUCCUUCUUCACACCGAGAUCAACUCCGUGAGGAUCGCACUCCACCGACCGUACUUGCUCCGAUCUGGUGGACCGAAUGGUGCCAAGUUCUUGCCCUGCCGUGAGGCAAGUCUCAACGCUGCUCUGCACGACCUCGAGAUGCGCAGCGACUUUGUCAACAGUCUCAAGAACGUCAAGUUUGAUGGCGAGCCCGUGCUCCUCUAUCGCGUGCAGAUUGGUACCUACAAGUACUUUCAUUCGUUGCUCGUUGUCGGAGUGGUGCUUCUGAUGGACCCAAACGCGCCCGAUGCGCCCAGGCUGAAAGGGCAUCUAGAACACUACAUCAACAACUACAAGCAGAGACCUGCGAGUCAACGCGACGAGAUGCGAGAUCGCGAAGCCAAUGUCAUCAGCAUCUUCCUUUCGAGGAUCGAGCAGGCAGAAAAGGCGAGUGGACCCUCGAAGCCCGGCACGACAUCAGUUCAUGGCGCUUCUCGAGGUCCAAAACGAGGCAGGUCGACAGACACCGGGCAUCGCGGCGACACCAAUGACCGCGAGGGCAAGUCUACCAAGCGCAGUCGAGACAUUGGCGCAGAUCAUGGCGACGAAAAGUCGGAUGCUCAUCUGUUGCUUGGUCUCGGGACGCCAACACGAUCCGGCACGGGCGCAGAGAACAGUCCCGACCCUGCAAGAUCACGUCCGACGCCUCCGGCCGCGAACCACUCCGAGCAAUCGACCUUCUCACCACGUCAGAAUGCCACUUUGGGUCAUUCUGUCGCCUCUCGAAUGGCUGCUACAGGAUCUGCCUCUCGAUCAGCCUCGGGCGACUGGACGUACAAUCAGCGCGGCCUGCCCAACGCAGUAGUGGCGAGUUCUUCAACAAGCAGCUCUGACAGCCCCACCACCUCACUGCCUGCCGUAGUCAGAGGUAACGCCGCAGGCGACUCGCUCACUUCCGCUUCCUCAACGCCGAACGUAGCAGCAGUUGCCAACGGCGGUGGUGAAGACGCCCAGCAGUUCUUUGAUGCGUGGUACCAGGCCGAAUGGGCAGCCGCCACCAUGCCAUCGUACGACGCGGCCUACAACGGCGCCAACAGCCUUGGCGGUGGUGGUGUCAGCCUUGGCCUGGACUCGCUUGGCAGUCUCGGAGGCGUCUUCAACUCUGUCAGCAACGGGCCUGGCGCCUCGACCAUGUCCGUGGGCCAGGGUCUCGGUGGAGGCUUCAACGGGCUCGGCGGACCAUCCAUCGGUGGCUUUGCUCCGAAUACGCCCAGCGCCAUCGGACCCACUUCGAGGCCCGUGGGUGCUCUCACUCCUGGCGCAGUCAUGAGCGGAUGGACAUCGCAAUCGGCCCCACUCUCUUCCAGUUACGCGGAUCCCAAUUCCUCGCUGGCCGACCUCAUCCCGCACGCACCCAUCAACAGCAACGCCGGCCCCUGGCAGCAGCAGCAGCAGCAGCAGAACAGCGCCGCCCCGGGGGCUCAAGCACACAACGCUCGACUCAACCCCAAAAUGCCGCUCCCCGACAACGCAUCGACCUCCUUCGGCGGAAACUUCUUCGCCUCAGGCGCACCGGCAUCAGGAACCCAAUCGGACGAAGGCCAAGCCCAGCAGCAGGCGGGACAGCAGAAUUUCGACCCGGCCUUCUGGCAGACGCUCAUCGACAAGAUUGUCACCUAA